AGUACAUUUAAUUUGAUUUUAUCCAUCGACAUGGAACAUGAGCGUGAUUUCAUCGGUAGACAGAUAUCUUAACCUAACUGGGUCGUCAACUUUAAUUAAUAUCUUGCUUCGUAGGACAAAGAGACGCUUUUCGCUACCAGAUUUUUUUGUUUUGUGUAAAAAUUCAUCGAUUGACAUUACAUUUUUAUGAAUAUUUAAAAGAAAAACUAAAGAACGUAAAUUAAAUAUUUACCAUAAAAUGUUAUAAUUCUUAAGAUUUAAUGUUAAUAAUAAAAUUACUAAUAAUAAAAGGUAUAGAUUAAAUAAUGCUGUUUUAUAAAUUAUAUCAACCGUUAUGGUCUUAUUCUUCCAAGUUUCAAAGAAAAAUAUUUACUUUAUCAAAACAAAUGUGUAACAUAAGGAAAACUGUUUCGGAUACCUUUAUUAUAAAAAAUGCAGAUAUAUAUGAGAAAAUAUUAGAGAAUUCAUCAACUGUACAAUGGAAAGACAUACGAAAAAAAGUUCUUCAAAACAAUCAAGAAAUUACACCAGCCAUUGUAGACUCUAUAAUUAUAGAUAUGUGUGUUAAAAAUUUCCAUGUGGAUAAUGCUAUUGCAUAUUUCAAAUUUUUGAGGGAAAAUAACUAUCCUCUAAAUCCAGCAGUAAUUGGAAAAUAUCUUAAACUCUUUGUUUUAAAGCAGGAUUCCUUGAUUGAUGCAGAUAAAAUAGAAAUUGUAGAAACUUAUAAUGCUUUGAGACAAAAGUAUCCAUAUUUGGAUUCCUUUACAGCUGAACAAUGUGUAAUGAGUUUAUCUUUGACAGAUGAAUGGGAAAAAAUACUAGAAAUAAUAGAAAUGAUAAGGAUUACUACUAAUCCAGGCAGCAAUGUAUAUUCUGCAUUAGUUAGUGCAGCAUUUAGAAAUGGGAAACCGGAUGUUGCAUGGAAAGCAUUGGCAAACCUAGUGUCUUGCAAAUUGUUUCCACAUGAUAAUGUAUAUACAUCUCAUCUACAAUACUGCCAACUGGAAGAUACAACAACUUUUAACAAUAGAAUGGGAGAGAUAUUUAAUUUUUGGACUAAUAAUGGUAUAAUACCACAUAAUCAAAUUAUAAGUGCAUAUGCUGAUGCAGCUAGCAAGCAUGGGUGGUCUAUAAAAUUUGUAAUAAUUUCUAAAACGGGAAAUUGUAAUUGUUGCGGUUAUUAUUUGUCCAAAAUUACAUUUACUGAAAAGGAAUUUCAGAAACUGGCGAAAUCUGUGAUGGACAGGGUAAUUAUAGGUUCGGAUAUCUAUUGUAAGACUAAUCCAGAAGAGUUGUUGAGGUUUCAGAAAUUUAUUGAAAAUACUAAACCAUACGACAUAGUGAUUGAUGGACUUAAUUUAACUUAUGCUCAGAGCAAAACUGCACCCAAGUUAUUAUCGUUAAUCAAUGUAGUAGAACAUUUCAACAAACAAAGAAAAAAAAUACUUGUAUUGACGCGGAAACACCAAAAAAAGUUAUCUGUUUUUAAGCAGAUAGAGCGGCAUGCACAUGUCUUCUUUCUAAAUAAUUUAUCUGCUGAUGAUCCUUAUAUAAUCUAUGCAACCAUGGCAAGCGGAAUGAAUGCAAUGUUUGUCUCAUUGGACUUGAUGAGGCAGCAUAGUUAUUCUUUGCAAAAUGAGCACUUACAACAGCAAUUUAAGAAAUGGCAAUAUUCGCAUCAAUACUUUAUAAAAACAAGUAGAACCGGUAUUCGCAUUCAAGAACCAUUUGCCUGCAUGCCAAUUGUACAAAAAACUGACAAUGGGCCUGUUGACAUAUGGCAUGUGCCAUAUGUCAACAGGAAUAUAAUUAGUACAGAAUCAUAUGUUGUCCCAGAAAAAUGGUACUGUUUCGAAUAUAAUAAAAAAAAAUAGUACAUAAUAUCUAAA